AUGUAUGAUGAGCUAUGUUAAAGAGUGAUGUUUACGAUUAAAGUGAAUGUUAUAUAAACUGACACCAUCUAACGUAAUUACAAAAAUACACAGGUUAUGCCCAUUAUAAUUGUAUGUAAAAUGUAUUAUGAUGAUGAUGAUAAUGAUGAUGAUGAUGAUGAUGAUUAUUAUUAUUAUUAUUAUUAUUAUUUGUUUGUCUUGUCAUUUGUCUUGAGCAAAUAUAUACUCCCUGAAAAUGAUUAAUAAAAACAAAUGUACCAAGCCUCCCGAAGAUAGGGCAUUCUAAAGAAAGGUUUAUAUUUAAAUACUGGUGUUUAAAAGUCUAAUAUUUUCACAUUUUGCAUUAUUUUCCUAAAGCAGACCUGUGAGCAGAAAGUGGAUAAAUCUAUAUUAAUAUGCAACAAAUCCGACGCCUCGCACACGGUUUGAAAUAGAAGGCCCGCGCGUGGCGGCAUCCUAUUGGUUCUUACUUUGACUGAUCGGGAUAGUUAUCCAAUCAAAAGAAGCCACAAUCGUAACAAGGGAACUAAUGCGGAAGUGGAACAGCGCUGGUAGCCGGCAUGAGAGUUGUGAAGCUUUGCAUAUCCGUCAAUAUACAUACUAGUCCACUAGCAGGUACACUUUCCUGAUGAUGGGACCUACUUGCUGACUGGGAGUUGAUGCUAUAAAACGUGUUUGUUUACUUUUCUUCCUUUGUAGUACUUUUUUUUUUAUCAUGAUUUUUGGAGUUUGGUAAUCAGCCAGCUUCUCUAAACAUGCCACUGUCUGACACGGUCAGUCUGCUUUUUUGUCUUAUUUUUGUUUUAUCCCUUGGCUAUGGCAACGCAAAGGAUUUGGGAGCUCUGUGUUCCACUUGUAAACAAAUAACUGAUAAUUUUAACAAGGGGUUUGAAAAAACUGCAAAGAAAAAUUUUGGUGGUGGAAACACAGCAUGGGAAGAAAGGAAACUGUCAAAGUAUGAGACCAGUGAGAUUCGGCUGGUGGAGAUUCUGGAGGGCUUGUGUGAGAGCAGCAGUUUCGAGUGUAACCACAUGGUCGAAGAAUAUGAGGAGCACUUUGAGACUUGGUGGUUCAAGAGGAAAGCAAAUCACCCGGAUCUGCAUAAAUGGUUUUGUAUUGAAACAAUCAAAGUGUGCUGCCCUGAAGGAACAUUUGGACCAGAUUGUAACUCCUGUGUUGGAGGAUCUGACAGACCUUGCCAUGGAAAUGGUAAAUGUGACGGUGAUGGGUCGAGGGGAGGAACCGGCAAAUGCACUUGUGACCGUGGAUAUGAAGGGGAGUUUUGCCUGGACUGUGCUGAGAGAUAUUUCAGUGAGGAGAGAAAUGACACCUUCUCGUUGUGCAAAGAGUGUCACGCUUCUUGCACGACCUGCACUGGAGCCACUAAUAAGGACUGCAAGGACUGCAGAGAUGGCUGGGAAGAUGAUGAGGAAGAAGCAUGCAUUGACAUUGACGAGUGCUCCAAAGACCCACCUCCAUGCAAAGACAAGGAAUACUGCCUUAACACAGAUGGCUCGUAUUCCUGCAAUGUGUGUGACAGCAGAUGUUCAGGCUGUAAAGGGUCAGGACCUGGGAACUGCCUGGCCUGUGCUGAAGGCUACAAGGACGAAGAGGGCACCUGCACAGAUGUGGACGAGUGCGAGCUGCCUGACGCAGUGUGUACGGAGGAACACCAGGAGUGUGUCAACACAAACGGCAGCUAUAGGUGUCGGUGCGCAGGAGGCUUCGAGGAGCAAGAUGGAGUGUGUGUUCAGCAAGCACAACCAGAGAACAGUCAGGAAGUACCUGCUGAGGAUACUGAGGACUCCAACACAGAAAAUAUUUUAACCCAGCACCAAGACCUUUGAACUCUUGCUGGAGUUCUCGAGUCAGCCGCCAGGUGUCAGUAAUGGCUCUGAACGUAUUUUGACCACCACAUGGUAUUUACUGUACAUACUUGACAAACUGCACUUAUGUACCAGCAGGACAUGGACAACUCAUUAUUCUGGUGGAAAAUGGGACGAUGUCAAAUCCAAGCACUGCUGCUCAAAUGAGAAAAGGCUGUUGUGUGUUUUUUAAAAUAUUUUUUUCCCCUUCAUUUGUGAAGUAAAAUAAAGUCACACAUCACUGUCUCUUGUGAUCAUUUUGUGUAGGAUUUUCUUUUCCUUGGGGCAUUUGCAUAUACUUUGUAGGAGAGAAUGAGAAAUAUGUAAUAUGGUACUAAAAAGAUAAAUAAAAUCUAUUAAUGGUAUGCUUUGGUCCUUUUGGUUAAACUAUUUUCGCAUUUAGUUCCAAAAUCCUAUGAUGAGAAUAGGGGCAGGGUUGACAGUGAUGCUAUGGAUGGUAGCAUUUUCCAUGAAGAAAUAUCGACUGAUGCGUGGUAAAGAUCUGGAUGCAUGGUUUGCUUGGAGGGCUGGGAGUGCUAAUAUGAAAUAAAUUAUAUGCAUGAUUACUAUUAAAUAAUUAU